UCGUAAAUCAAUAACACGUGUGAAUAUUAGAAUUUCGUUAGGAAUUAGUGGCAGGAGGAUGUUAAUGUCUUCAUUAUAACGGUAUUUAAUCAAACUAGUAACAUGUUCAAAUGUGCAGCUGAAGAACUAUGGUUGGGAUUUAAAUAAUAUAUAUAUAUAUAUUUUUUACCUGUUCCAAAGUAAAGAAAAUCAGCAUCAUGUUCGUUACGGUGGAGAUGGUUGACACUGUCAGGAUACCCCCAUGGAAUUUCCAGCGGCAAUUUAAUGAGGCAAUAGCAGAAGAACUCAACAAGAAAUUGGCCAAUAAGGUAGUUUAUCAGGUGGGUCUUUGCAUCUGUUUGUAUGACAUCACCAAACUGGAGGAUUCAUACAUAUUCCCUGGUGAUGGAGCUUCCCACACCAAAGUGCACUUCAGGUAUGUUGUGUUCCACCCUUUCUUGGAUGAGAUUCUUGUUGGAAAGAUAAAGUACUGCAGUCAAGAAGGAGUACAUGUCAGCCUUGGAUUCUUUGACGACAUAGUCAUUCCUCCAGAGUCCCUCCAGCAGCCUGCAAAAUUCGACGAAGCGGAGCAGGUGUGGGUGUGGGAGUACGAGACCGACGAGGGGGCACAUGACCUCUAUAUGGACCAAGGUGAGGCGAUCCGUUUCCGGGUCACUGAUGAAGUCUUCCUGGACACGUCGCCCACUGGCCCUUCUGCCGCAGCAACUGACACCCCUGCUGCCCCCGGGGCUGAGGACGCUGGGCAGAAGAAGGAGGCUCCUUACACACUGAUCGGUACCAUCAGCGAGCCUGGCUUGGGCCUCCUGUCCUGGUGGAACAGCUAGCGAAAGGAGACCCCUUUUACAGUUGAGGAGACGGGGGGGGCGGCUGUCAAAUGUUCUUUUUAACUGUUAGGCAUUCACCUAUAUGGACUCCUGUCAUUCACUCCUCCCCAGGGCUGAUGGUCAUAUUGGAGGAAGAUGACUAAAGUGUUGACAAUGCACACUGACCCAGCGCUAAGGACUCAAGCAGAGGGCCGAGGACCCCUAUCACAGGGGCUGCCGUGUGCUGGCGUGUGUGUUUGUGGACCCCAGGAAAAGGGGGCAGUAGCCAAUAAAACACAGUGGGGGCCCUGUAAAUCCCCUAUGUAUACUUAAAAUACUACCGCCAUGACUUUCAACAUACCAAUAUUUACACCCGGUGGGAGAAUAUAUUCAAGGGACUCAAUAUACAUAAUGUGUUGCCAUGAGUUCCUAGAUACAGAAUAUAUUCAAUAUUUGUGUGUUCCUGUUUUACUGUCUUAUUUGAUUAGUACAAAAAAUGUUAAAUAAUGCAAAGGGAGAACAUCUAUCAAGUCCUCACUUUGACAAAAAGCUUUCUGACUUGGGGUUAAGUUAAGAAUUUCAGUUGUAAUUCUAAACUUAACCCGUCUUAGAAUUGCAGUUGCAAACUUGCUGAGGUAUAAUCAACCACUUUCCAAACCUGAAAUCAAGCUAAUUGGCUUCUACGUGUGAUCGAUUGUAGUGAUAUUGAUUAGUUCAGAUUUAAUACAGUUGUUGGAGGACUCCAUUGCUAAGUGCAUUUCAAAGCAAAGUGACCUCUGAGUGUAAAGGUAGUAUAAAAAAGAUCUGGAAAUGGGUCUAUCCAUUAACAUCCAAGGGAUAGACCCACUGAGAUCUGAUGUCCCCACUAAAAUGGCAAUACCUGGUAAGACCCUACUAGUGACAUUAUUUCUCUGGGAUUUUCAUUUAAGGAGUGAAGCUAAGGUUGAACAUUUGGAACCUGAAUUGGCUAUAAAAUGGUAAACAGUAGUACAGUAUUCUAUACCACUUGUAAAUAUUUAGAAAUGUUCUUUAUCAGGUGUUUAUUUAGUUUUGA